AUGGAUAACAAUGUAAAAUAUAAUGUGAAAAAAAGAGAUUCCAUGAAAACAAUCGAUGUUAUAUUUGUUUCCGAUGAACUGGUAGGAAGUACUAUUGUAUCUAAAAAAGAAUAUGAAAGACUUAUGAGACAAAAAUUAAAAACAGAAUCAGAUCAGUCUAGGUUAAAUGAUUCGAGUUCAGUAGAGUUGGAAAACAAAUUGUUAAAAAGAAAACAGGGAAUUAAAAAUGAUGUCGAUUCUGAAAAUAAUUCAAAGAGAAGCAAAUAUAUUGAUGAUGUUGAAUUAGCAUUAGCAGCUCUUGAAAAUGAUAAUGUUGAAAAAGUAGAAGUAACUCAUCCGAGUACUCUAUUCGAUGAAUGUGAUAUUUCAGCUAAGAAAAUAUGUAAUUUUGAAAAUAGUAAUCAUUCGAGUAAAAACGAUAAACUUUCAAAUAAGGCCAACAAUCUGGUCAAACCAGAAGAAAAGUCGAGUGCUAAUAAACAAAAUGACAAAAAACAAAUUAACAAUUUGGGAGAAUUUUGCCAAACUCCAAUCACUUUAAGAAAAAGAGUUAUCAAAGACAUAAAAGCUAUACAAAAAAUAUUAGAAAAUAGUGAUGAUGAUUUUUCAAGUUCGGAUAGUGAUUCUAGUUUUAAAAUGUCAGAUGAUAGUUCGAGCGGUAAUAAAACCAGUGAAAAUGAGAAUGAUGAUGAUGAUUUAGAUGAUUCUCCAUCGAAAUCGUCUAAAACAUUUUUCGAAAGUUAUUGUGAUUUGCAUAGUACUAAAAAUUCAAAAAAUAGUGUUAAAAUAGAUAAAAAAUUAAAAACUUCAAAAUUAACUCAGGAAAAAUUUGAUAGUUUAGUUAAAAAUAAUACUGAAAUUAGUUUAGAUCAUAAAAAAUGUUUACAAUCAUUAUUAAGUGAUAUAUUUAAUUUAUUUCCCAAAUGGGAUUUUAUUUUAAAUCAAAAUUUUAAUUUAUUAUUAUAUGGAGCCGGAUCGAAAAGAGAAGUUAUAUCUAAAUAUUUAGAAAGAUACAUUGAUAGUUUUCCAGUGAUUGUAGUCAAUGGUUUUUUCCCAGAUAUAACCAGUAAAGAAAUAAUUGAAAAAAUAUGUGAAAUUUUAAAUGUUAAAUAUGAUGCGAGAGAUGUUAUAAGUAAAAUUGAAUGCAAAAUAAAAUCAUAUGACUUAGAAAUAUAUUUAGCUAUAAAUAACAUUGAUGGAAUCAUGUUAAGAAAUAAAAAAGUUCAAAAUGUUUUGUCUAGAUUAGGUAAAAUAGAACAAAUUCACAUAAUUGCCUCUAUAGAUCACAUUAAUGCACCUCUGAUUGAAUUCAAUUGGAUAUGGUUCGACUGCACCACUUAUUUGAAUUACACAGAUGAAACAUUGUACGAAGGAAACCUCAUGCUUCCCAACAGUGGAAAAGCCACAUUGGCCUCUCUCAGAAAUGUAUUUAGUGCACUGACAAAAAAACAAAAUCAAAUAGAAAAUGGUGGGAAAGGAAAUGGUAUAACGUUUAGAGAACUGUACGAGGAAUGUAGAAAAGAAUUGUUAAUUAGUUCCGAUGUGGCUUUGAGAGCACAAUUAAAAGAAUUUGUCGAUCACAUGAUAUUGAAACAAAAGAAAAAUGCAAACGGAGAAGAACAAUUCAUAAUAACAAUGGAAUACAAUAUAUUGAAACAAUUUUUAGACGAACAGGAAGUCGAACAAAGUUAA